AUGAUAGCUCGUUGCACACUGGUUUUGAAAGCUACGAGUCAAGUAGUUGCCGGUGUUAAGUACACCUUCGAAGUGCUUUAUGGUGAAUCGACUUGCAAGAAAGGAGACUUCUUGGCGGCCGACCUGAAUGCUACGAAUUGCCAAUUGAAAUCGGGUGGAAGACGUGCUGUAGGUUUUGUUUUCAAACUUUACGAAGUUGAACUGUGGGAGAAGCCAUGGGAAAAUUUUGAACAAUUCAACGUGAAAAAGCUCAGGAAUGUUGCUGCAGAUGAGGAGCUGUAA